UCACUUCCGGGCUCAGAUUGCAGAGUGCAAUGUCAACGCUUACAAUACGGUGGAUGAAUUCAUUUGCGGAGCAGAUUCAUACAGGGUUUGAACCCAGCGAGGCUGAAAGGCGGCUCUCCUCUGCUGUGGCCGGGAUAAAUUGACACCCGGGCAGAGAAACAUUCACAGGAGUGUGGACCUGUGGGCAUUUCAUUGCCAGGGAGGGUGAAACGGGCUCUCUAAAAGGAAGGAAAAGAGAGAAGGGGACAGAAGAAGGGGGCUGGCUGCAACAGCAGGAGUAGGAACUUUUCUCACAGCUCGUCUUGCGCCACACUCUCUCCUCGCUGCUCUCCCUACAUCUUCACAGCUUCACCAAGAUGAAGCUAAAGGAGGACCUGAACCCCAUGCUGCUGCUCCUCUUCCACCUCAUGGUAUGGAUCUACACCUUCAUCACGUUCCUACCGUCCUACAUCCUCAGCUGGGUCUCCAGACCUGACGGGGGCUUCUACGGCUCUGAGAAGGAGCGAGCCAAACGAGCGAAGGCCCGCUCAGUGCUGGGACGUCCCGAGGGACCCUACCGAGCGGUGAGCGCCACCAAGAGGUUGGUGACGUCGCUGCACCCAGGCGUGGACACCCUGGAUAAGACGUUUGAGUAUGCAGCCAUGAGGUUCCCACACAGAGACUGUCUAGGGACCAGGGAGGUGAUCAGUGAGGAGGACGAGCGACAGAGCAACGGGAAGGUGUUCAAGAAGGUGGUUCUGGGUGAGUACCGCUGGCUCUCCUAUGAGGAAGUCCUCACUGCAGCAUCCCGACUGGGCAGUGGUUUGGCAUCACUGGGUCAGCGGCCCAAAAACAACAUCGCCAUCUUCUGUGAGACACGUGCCGAGUGGAUCAUCGCUGCCCAGGCCUGCUUCAUGUACAACUUCCGAUUGGUCACCCUUUACUCCACACUGGGAGGUCCAGCCAUUGCUCACGGGCUGAAUGAAACUCAGGUCACUCACAUUAUCACCAGCAGAGAGCUCCUGGAGACCAGACUCAAGGCUAUCCUAAUUGAAGUUCCGAGGCUGCAGCAUAUCAUUGUAGUGGACAACACACCGACCUCAUGGCCCGGCUAUCCGCGUGGCAUCAGUGUCCACAACAUGGCUGCUGUUCAGAAGCUGGGAGCCAGGCCUGAGAAUGCAGCACGUGAGCGUAAGCAGCCACUGCCUUCAGACAUUGCGGUCAUCAUGUACACCAGCGGAUCUACAGGCAUACCAAAGGGCGUCAUGAUCUCCCAUAGCAACAUCAUCGCUGGCAUCACGGGGAUGGCCGAGCGGAUACCCAACCUGAGUGAGGAGGACACCUACAUUGGCUACCUGCCGCUCGCCCACGUACUGGAGCUCAGUGCAGAGCUCGUGUGCGUUUCUCACGGGUGCAGGAUCGGCUAUUCCUCACCUCAGACCCUAGCUGACCAGUCAACCAAGAUCAAGAAGGGAAGCAAAGGAGACACCAGCGUCCUGCAGCCCACGUUGAUGGCAGCUGUCCCGGAGAUCAUGGAUCGUAUCUAUAAGAACGUGAUGACCAAGGUGGAGGAGAUGAGCUGUGUCCAGCGAACACUCUUCAUUCUGGCCUACAACUACAAACUGGAGCAGCUCGCCAAAGGAUACAGCACACCUCUAUGCGACAAGCUGGUGUUCAGGAAAGUUCGGUCUCUGCUGGGAGGUCGGACGCGAGUUUUGUUAUCAGGUGGAGCGCCGCUCUCCGCAGCCACGCAACGCUUCAUGAAUGUGUGUUUCUGCUGCCCGGUGGGUCAGGGAUACGGCCUGACGGAGACCUGCGGUGCUGGAACCAUUAGCGAGCUGUGGGAUUACAGCACUGGGAGAGUGGGAGGGCCGCUGGUUUGCUGUGAGAUCAGGCUCAAAGACUGGGAGGAGGGUGGUUACCGUAGCACCGACAAGCCGCAUCCAAGAGGAGAGAUUCUGAUUGGUGGACCCAACGUAACCAUGGGAUACUACAAGAACGAGGCGAAACACCAAGAAGACUUCUUUGUGGAUGAGAACGGCCAGCGGUGGUUCUGCACAGGAGACAUCGGAGAGUUUCACAGAGACGGGUGCCUCAAGAUAAUUGAUCGUAAGAAAGACUUGGUGAAACUGCAGGCUGGAGAGUACGUCUCCCUGGGAAAAGUGGAGGCCAUGUUGAAGAACUGCCCUCUAGUCGACAACAUCUGUGCCUAUGCCAACAGUGACGAGACGUAUGUGAUUGGCUUUGUGGUGCCCAAUCAGAAGCACUUGCUGGCUCUGGCUGACCAGUACGGUGUCCAAGGCUCAUGGGAGGAACUGUGCAACAGUAAAGCCAUGGAGGAGCUGGUCCUCAAGAUCAUCACUGAGGUGGCUCUAGCAGCCCAGCUAGAGCGCUUUGAGAUCCCUCGCAAGAUCUGUCUGAGCCCAGACCCAUGGACUCCAGAGACGGGAUUAGUGACUGACGCGUUCAAGCUCAAACGCAAGGAGCUGAAAACACGUUACCAGUACGACAUUGAGAGAAUGUACGGUGGGAAAUAACGGACAGCACUGUCCGUUCUCAAAGUACAGACCAACACUUGACUCUGAACACUCCUAGUACCCUCUCACAGCUCCCCUGCAUCCUUCCCCAUGAACUUACGAGCCACCGUGAUCUGUCGUAAAUCCUAACACUCCUCUCAGAGAAAGAAGGAUAAAAAUAAGGUGUUACCAAUUCCAACACGGAACACUUGAAUUAGUAACUAAAAACUAAGUGUUGAGGAAAACGAAUAAGAAACUGCCUUUCCCCUUUUUCAACCGAGGUGUAUGACCUCUGUGUUGAGAAUUUUUAUUGUUCCAGAUGUGAGUUAUGAAACAGUUGACGUUGUCUGUUGAACUCUUUCUGAGUGCCACAGCAGAAGCUCAGGUCGGGUAAAUAGGUUCGUUGCUUUGUGUUCACCCAUGACACACUAGAGUGGUUGGUGUAUGUCUAGAUAUGUCCCUUAGUUCAGUUUGAUCCUCUUUUAAACUUUUUGCAACUUAAAGGUUUCAACUUCCUCCUUCCUGCAGGUCAGGAGACGGUUAACUCUUUUGUUUUUGUUGUUGUCAGUGGUUUAUUUUGUCCCCCACCGACAGUCACACUUUGACUCCCAUGGUCGUGGGAGGGCUCCAAUCAGCACAUCUUGAUACCAAGCACAAAGUCAUUUGAGGGCAAAUGAGAGCGGCUUGUUAAAAAUGCUAAGAUCAUAUCAGGUGUAACAAUUUGUAUCUUUUCAUCAUCGACAUUAAGGCCAUUGUCCUUUUUAUAGGAAAAUAACAAAGAUUGCACCUAAUAUUCUUAUUUAAAAAGAAAAGAAACAAAGAUGCACUGUUGUUUAGUCUAUUGUAUUUUCCUAUCGUGAUAGUACUUAAUACUUUUGUAUGUGCUGUACCACAUUGUGCACAAAAACGCACAUUUACAUAUUACAGCUCAAAUGACUGUGUAAUCAUUGUCAUAGUUGAUAAAUCAUAGUAGAAUAUAAAAAUGUAUCAUUUCUGUCCAAAUAAGGGCAUUGAUUACAGAUAGGACAUAAAUAAAACAUUCUCAAUGUGUGUGGCUGCACCAGUUGAAAAAUGAGCCCACUUCUAUAAGUGUGACUUCUGUGUGUAUGGCUAACAUUUGUUCUGCAGGACUGUCAUUAUCAUCUUAAAGCCUUGUCACGUAUUUCUGUCGUCGGCACAAGUAUGACUAAGUGGGGCGACUCAUCCAUGUCCAUACACAGCACAAACAUGGCCCCAGCAUCCCUCACAAUGUGACACCUGUUGCUUUCUCUUGUGAUUCUGAGUGGCGUCUUUCUAAUUUCCUGACUGUUUCUCCCUAAGUGUACAUAUAUGUAUGUGGAGCCGUGCUCGGCGGAGGACGCACAUGCAUAGCCUCUAUUUUAACUUGAGCUUUAUUAUCAUAGACCUGUUUUGGAGCACAACUCCCUCUCUGUAUUGAGAGCCUGCCUUGUAACAUAAGUGCAUCCAACUAUUUAUUUGUAAUUUGCCUUUGGAAAAAUACUCUAGUGACAUAAAUAAAGAUGGUGUUUGGUCUACA